AGUGAGGCGAUGGCGGCGCCGGGCCCGGGGGCUGGAGCAGCUUCGGGCGGCGCUAGCUGCGGGGGCGCUGGCGCGGGCGCGGGUUCGGGGUCCUCCGGGGCCGGCGGCCGACUGCCCAGCCGGGUGCUGGAGUUGGUGUUCUCCUACCUGGAGCUGUCCGAGCUGCGGAGCUGCGCCCUGGUGUGCAAGCACUGGUACCGCUGCCUCCACGGCGACGAGAACAGCGAGGUGUGGCGGAGCCUGUGCGCCCGCAGCCUGGCAGAAGAGGCUCUGCGCACGGACAUCCUCUGCAACCUGCCCAGCUACAAGGCCAAGGUACGUGCUUUCCAACAUGCCUUCAGCACAAAUGACUGCUCCAGGAAUGUCUAUAUCAAGAAGAAUGGCUUUACAUUACAUCGGAACCCCAUCGCUCAGAGCACUGAUGGUGCAAGGACCAAGAUUGGUUUCAGUGAGGGCCGCCACGCCUGGGAAGUAUGGUGGGAGGGCCCUUUGGGCACUGUGGCAGUGAUAGGAAUUGCUACGAAACGGGCCCCUAUGCAGUGCCAAGGUUAUGUGGCAUUGCUGGGCAGUGACGACCAGAGCUGGGGCUGGAAUCUGGUGGACAAUAAUCUGCUACAUAAUGGAGAAGUCAAUGGCAGUUUUCCACAGUGCAACAACGCACCAAAGUAUCAGAUAGGAGAGAGAAUCCGAGUCAUUUUGGACAUGGAAGAUAAGACUUUAGCUUUUGAGCGUGGGUAUGAAUUCCUGGGGGUUGCCUUUCGAGGACUUCCGAAGGUCUGCUUGUACCCAGCAGUGUCUGCUGUAUAUGGCAACACAGAAGUGACUUUGGUUUAUCUUGGAAAACCUCUGGAUGGAUGACAGUGGCUUUCGGGGAAGAAGGACAGUGGAGAAGAGAUCUACUUGUGGAAAGUAGAACCAUGACGUGAUAGUAUCAUGUGUGCAUGCCCAAGAAACAUCCUGAGAACACAUGGAGUUGAGAGCUGGAGAAGAAGCAGCUGGACAACAGAGACGAUCUUAGUGUUUUCCUCUUUCCACUGGGCCAGAAAAAUCCUCAGGGUUGCAGUUGGUUAAGUGGGCAGUUGACAUAUGCAUGUUGCCACAGAUUCUUCUCUAUGUUAGCAGUGUGUUGCUUCCAGCUUAAAGGUGAGGUGUAGAGGUGCUGCAGAAGGAAACCGCAGGAUUUAUGUAGUGUGUAUGAAUGAAGGUCAGUCCCAUCUUACAACUGCCUGUUCUUCCUCCAGUCCCUUUACGUCUAGCCAGCUUGACUUAGAACGUAUGAAACUGGCUGGGUUUAUUUAAUAUUUUUAAUAUAUUGAGAAGCAUGGUCUGCCUGGACUGCACUUCUCCAGCAAUGAGAAAUAAAAUUGUGCAGCUAUUUUAAAAGUUGUAUAUAUAAUGUGUGUAAAAACUGUAAAAAAAAAAAAAGAAAGAAAGAAAAAAAGGACAAAGGGAUUGCUUUGUUCUAAUUCAGUUUCUUAAAAAUCACUACAUGGUACAAAAUUAGAGUGACAUUUGGGGACAGUAGGGUAAUACUAAGAAGAGGAGGAGACAUGUGCGAGCUCAUUUGUGUUUGGGGCUUAUAGUCCAUGGCUGUAACAGAAUGAUGGAGAAGGUUCCUCGGUUGGCCAAGGACUGGGGAAAUAGAUCUACUUAUAAUUAUGCAUAUGCCAGCAAGGCUGGUUCAGACGUAAUAGGAAUGUGCGUCUCUUGGCGUCUGUCUUUAGUUUUUGGCCUUCUGAGAAAACUGGUCUCCACACAGAGCAGUCCCAGCUGCUCUUAGAGCACUCCAUAUGAGCGCUAUUAGUAUAAACCCUAGAACACAUGGUCAACGGUUCUUUUAUUUCCUAACUUUAUAAUGCUGUAGAUGUUAUGAAGAAUUUUUAAUUUCAUAUUGUUUACAUUACACAACAAUCAGAAGCCUCAAAGUCUCCACUGGGGCUGUCAACAAAAUGUUUACUCACCCAUUUGAAACAGCGCCAGCCUGAACCCUGGUGAAGAGUGUUCUUAAUCACCUAGGUAUUGCCCCAUGGGCUUAACUCUGAAAACCUAGGUUGGCAACAAUUGGAAAGUUUCAUUGGAAAGAGUUGGACAUUAUUUCCUAUUUUGACCCAUAAACCUUCUCACUAAUACUCUCUGGAAUUUAUAAUUCAACACUUGAGCUGAGGGCUUUGUUUUUUCUUUUGUUACAACAGAAACAUCUUUCUCUAUGAAAGUAUAGUUAAUAUGGUUCAGAUACAUAAGAAUUGAUGAAGGCAAGUAAAAUCUUUGUACUUUUUACAUGAUUGCUGUAUGUAUAUUUUGUUUUAAAUCUAAUAAAAUUAGGGACAGUGAGCA